UAUGAAAAAGUAUAUACUCUAUACAAUUCAACGAUGGCAAUGUCAGAGAAUAGAUUUGCAAAUAUAAAUCAAUAUCCCAAAUAUAACAGACGGAAUAACAAAAAAAGAAAUGACUUUAAUAAUACACAGAGCCUUAAAAAUUCAUCGGAAUACAAUUCAAUACAGCCAACAUCUAAAAGAGACUCGAAUUCUCGAAGAAUUCGAGAAAUAGAAAGAGAAGGGAAAACAGAAAAUCAAAAAAUCCAAGCUACAAACUCCAGUCCAAAUUCUACGUUCAAAAAACGCCGUGAUAAUGUAGCAAAGAGGAUUUAUCAAUGGUGCGCUCAAUGUUGCGGAAAGAAAAAAGCUAAGUUAACCAAAGUACACAAAUCUACGUCAGAUUUCUUUAAGCAUCUGAAAGGAAAAUGUAAAGACCGUAAGAAAAAAAAGAAAACAACUACUUUUCGUGAAGAACGUAGUGUUUCACCGGCAGAACAUGAAAGCGAAGUUGGAGAAAUUUUGAGACGAGAAACUCCGAUCGUCGAAAGAGAAUUCGAAGAAGAGGAAGAUGAAAGAUUUGACAACAUGACAGAUAAAAAGAAAGCCAAAGAGAAGAAAAGGAAAAAGAAGAAAAAGGAAAAAGAGGAUGUUCCAGAAUCGCCUUUGCCAGCGCUUCUACCGUAUCAGAAAGAAGAAUUAGUCAAAGAUCGUGCUCCUGAUGUAGGUAUAGAUUUCACAAAAACCUGUUGUUACCUAUGUGUUCAAAAUACGAUGGCAAUCGCGGCAGCGAUGCCCAAAGUGGGAAAAUUCCAUGUGUCUAUACAAGCUUCUAUUAAAGAAAUGUUAACCUCUGACAAAAGUUGCAGUCCAACUAUUCAAGUUAGAACUGUACAGUCGUCUGUUAAAGUGAGAAUGCGCGACAUGGGCACUCUACCUGAUGAAAAAAAGAGUAAAAGACUAAGGCCAAAAUUGAAACUUAAAAAGUUCAAUAUAAUUCCAAAACUAAAAUUUCCCGUGUAUCCAAAAGUGCGAACUGUUGCUUGCGAAACAGAUAAAUCGAUGAGACAUAAUAAUAUACCACAAUGUAGGGCAAGGCGUGGGGCCGACUGUGUAACUAAUGUUAAUAUAACGUAAAAUGAUAAAAACAUUAUUUUCUCUCACAACGAUCUUUUAACUCACAAACGACUAAACGUUUCAUUCAAAAUAAAAGAAUAGUCAAUUUUAUACCGUGCGAAUGCACAUUUAUAAUAAAGUUAGCACGUUUGUUGAUGAAAAUAUUUACAAAAGAUUUAAGUUUAUGUCAAUC